UCAGCUCUGUGUUUGAUCUCGGCUACCUGCAACCGGCUUCUGUUAUAGUGGGUGGAACUUUCCCAGGUUAUUAAAAAACCGACACAUGACACAUGCCCCUGUUUCAUGCUGAUAACCCGCAGGACGAGUCGCUUAACCAUGCAGUAAUCGAUGUGUCUCCUAUUGUUCUGCGGGAUUCGCCGAUUGGCUGCUGAGUGUGGGAAACCUAACCGAGCAAGGGACCCAUGCAUUCACAUGCAAAUCGUGCGUCAUAAAUACAAGAGAAGAGCACUCACUCGAACCAGAAACCGCUCAGCGCGCUCUGAGAACUCAGCGUCUUUACCUCUCGGCCCCUUUGCUCAAACAAAAAUGUCACCUUGCAAUUUCGACAAUGAACUCUGUGACCUCAAGCUCACCAAUAAAGAAAAAAACAAACUAAGAAAACCAGUGGUGGAAAAAAUGCGCCGAGACCGCAUCAACAACAGCAUCGAGCAGCUCAAGACGAUCCUGGAGAAAGAGUUCCAGAAACACGAGCCCAACAGCAAGCUGGAUAAAGCCGACGUCUUGGAGAUGACCGUGAGCUUUCUGAAGCAGCAGCUGAAGCCUGAGCCGGUAGCCCCGCAGGCGGACUACAACGAGGGCUAUUCCCGGUGUCUACAGGAGACCAUGCACUUCGUGUCCCUCUGCGCGCCUCAGAAAGGGGAGCGGCUGCUGACCCACUUCUACCGAGACAGGAAAGCCGCCACGAGUUCCAGUUUCCCUGCAUCUCCGGUGACUGUUCCCGCUGGCCAGACCUUCACCAAGCCAGUCGUCCCCAGCCCCGAGAGAGCAGUGUGGAGACCUUGGUAGAUCUGCCACUAAACCCGGGGAGGGGGGUGUAAACCCUCCGGUAGUUUGGAAUGUUUAUUUCCGUUUUUAAUAUUGUUUCAAGCUGCCUUCUUGUUGAACGGCGGUUGUAUAAUACAUGUGAGCACAUCGUUUUACAAUAUGUUUAAUAUGUACGCAUUGCGUUUACAGGAUGGUUCUUUCUGUAGUUUGUGACAGCGGUCCUGCACUUAUUAAGGUUUCUUAUACAGGAGAAACGUCAAUGCAAGUGUCUUUGUUUUACCUGCAGAGUAUGAUAGUCGCCUUUUAUAAAGGUAUUGGGUCGAUUAGUUACUGGCCUAUUUUUGAGAUAUUUUCAACAUGUUCCCUUCAGUGAAAGGGAGAAUUGAUGGGUGCAUUUCAAUGUGUCGCUGUUACAUCACCUCGUGGAAUGAUAUAAAUGCAUAUAACUCUACAUUCGUAGGAGAAGCGUUCUCCAGUGUAUUCUUUAUCGUUAUGGGAAGUUUUAAAAACUUUUUUUUUUUUUUUUUUUUUUUUUUGGUCAUAAAGAAUCUUAGUUGCCUUUUGUAAUGGCACGAUGUCAUUUUGUAUCGUCCUGUUUGUAACAAUCUGUGAUUGGAAACACUAUCGGGUAUAAUAGGAACAUUAACAUUAUAGUUGUUGUUUUACUUUACCGAUCAUGUUUUAAUGAUUAUUCUUGGAUGUAUUUCUGUUGAUGAAAGUGUUAAGCAUACUUUUGUAUGAUGAUAUAAUAC